AUGAGUACUAGUCACAGUACGUGGCCUGUCAUGUUGGUCCCCUACAAUCUCCCACCUUGGCUGUGCAUGAAACGGUCAUCUUUGAUUCUAUCAUUAGUUAUUCCUGGUCCUACCUUGCCAGGGAUUGCUAUAGAUGUGUACUUAGAACCGUUAGUAGAAGAACUAAGGGAGUUAUGGGAUGUUGGAGUACAAGCAUACAAUGCAUCUUCAAAAGAAGUAUUCCAAUUGCGUGCAGCAUUGAUGUGGACCAUAAAUGAUUUUCCUGCAUACGCAGAUUUGUCGGGUUGGAGUACCAAAGGUGAGUUGGCGUGUCCUUCUUGUGCCAUGAAGACCGAGUCUCAAUAUUUGAGAAAUGGUCGCAAAUUCUGUUACAUGGGACAUCAGCGAUGGUUGGAUGUUGACCAUGAUUUCCGCAAAGAAGGUAUGUCAUUUGAUGGAUCUAAUGAUACUCGAUUGGCUCCUGAAGCACCAGUCGCAUCUGACAUUAUUGUGGAAACUGAACAUUUACUUGGACGUUGUCUGGGUAGGAAAUGUCAACUUGCUUACAAAAAAAGGAAGAGAAGGGAGGCAGACCAGAGUUGUUGGAAGAAAAGGAGUAUAUUUUUCACCUUGCCUUAUUGGGAGGAUCACAAGUUGCGACACAAUCUUGAUGUGAUGCAUAUAGAGAAGAAUGUGAUGGACAAUAUACAAAGCACACUAUUGAACUUGAAGGAUAAAACGAAGGAUAAUUACAAGGCACGCCUUGACUUGGCGGACAUGGGGAUAAGGAGUGAACUCCACCUACAACGAAAAAGUGAUGAUCAGUAUACCAUACCGGCCGCAUGUUUUCAUAUGACUUCAUUGGAGAUAGAUGGUUUCUUGCAAGUUUUGAAGGUCGUAACAGUGCCUGAUGGAGAAAUUUGUUCCAAAACCCUUACGGUUUCAGAUAUUGUGACUAGUGAGGCAGACAUUGCAGUGACAUUGUGUGAAUUGGAAAAGAUAUUUCCUCCAUCCUUCUUUACAGUGAUGGUACAUUUGGUCAUGCACUUAGCUGCUGAAGCUAAGAUUGGUGGUCCAGUGCACUACCAUUGGAUGUAUCCCAUUGAGAGGUAUCUCUCACGUCUUAAGUCUUACGUACGAAAUAGAGCUGCUCUGGAAGGGUCUAUUGCUGAAGGAUACAUAGUAGAGGAGUGCUUAACAUUUUGUUUACGGAUGCAUAAAAGAUUGAUAGAGGAUGAACUUCGAAAAGGCCACAAUCGUAACGUUUCCGAUGCCAUUAUAUAUAAGCACCACAUGGAGAAGUUCUGUACUUGGUUUAGGGGUCACGUGAUGUCCCUCACUGGUGCUGAUAAGGAAAGGGAGGGAGUUAGUGAUACCCUUGUUGCAUUGUCCAAAUGGUCGUAUAUUUAUGUAAAGCGGUUCAAGCAUUAUGUCAUAAAUGGCUUAAAAUUUAGGAGUGUAAAUGAUGAGGCAAACAGGAAAACGCAGAAUAGUGGAGUUAGUGUCGCUACUGAUGGGGGCAAUACUUACUAUGGUAUUUUAAGUGAUAUAAUCGAGUUGAAUUAUUCUGACAAUAUCAAACAUGUGUUAUUCAAGUGUAAAUGGGUUCAUGACCAACAUAGGGGAGGAUAUAAGACUGGUGAAUUUGGGUUUCCUAUGGUGAACUUUACACACUUCAUACAUGGUGGGGAUAAAAUGAUGGAUGAACCAUACGUCUUGGCAUCUCAAGCUACACAAGUUUUUUAUGUGGAAGAUAAAAGGCACAAGGAUUGGUAUGCUGUUGUUAAAACUAAAGCUAGGGACGUGUUUGAUGCUGGUGUUGGUCCCCAACGUGAGGAGGAUGACACAUAUAGUUUUUCUGAAAAUAUUCCCUACAAUAUAAGUACUAAUGAGGUUGUGAGUGACAACCUUCGUUGGGCUCGGGAUGAUCUAGAGGGAAUGACAAUUGAUGCCUCCAUCAUUGCUGAAAGAGAUCUUCAUGGAGUAAACAAUGAAGAUGAGUUUAUUGACGAUGAGUCUGACAAUGAAGAUGACAACGAGGAUGAGUAG